UUGUGCAAUUUUGCGUUUCUUGCUGUGAUAUCAUUUUUGCCGUCGUCGUCUUCGUUGUCUUGGGGCAAUCAUUAAUCUUUUUGGAUUUGUUCUCUUUUUUUCUGUAUUUGGAUAUCAUAAAACAAGAGAAAAACAUUUAAAAACUGAAUUUCCCAGUGCACUCGAAUGUUUUUCAUUUUGUAGACAUUUUAGUUUUCAAAGAAUUGUGUUGAUUUUCUGUGAGUUUCCUCAGUCUCAGUCUGUGUUAUGGAAGGGAGGCAAAGGAAAGUGCUCGUGGUUGUGCCGAAAAUAAACAUUGAUUUCUUGUUUGCUUUCAAUCGAUUUAAAUUUUGUGUUCUCAAAAUAAAGGAGUUACUUGUAGUGUUUUUUUUUUUUUCAAAUAGUGCAUAGUAUCAUAUUUACUCCUAAGUUGGGCCUUUGGGAUGUGUAGAUUCUUCCGGUAGGAAAAAUCUUCCCAUCCAUGUCGUUUGUAACUAGUUGUUUAUUUAUUACAAAUUUUACUUUUGCACCACUUAUGCUGCUGGUGCUGCACCACGAACCCUCUUCUCUCGAUAAACCGUUUCUACUGUGUUGUUUAGUUUGUUCGUCCUCUCAAUCUUUAUAAAUAAAAAAUAGUUAUACUGAAACUGAACGCCAUGAGACUCUUGCUAGAAAUCGCGUAGUGCAAUUCAAGAUAAAUUGAUGAAAACAUAAAAUUUGUUUUCCUUUUUCUACUGUUUGUAUUGUAUUGUAUUUCUUAUGUUGAUUGUUGUGAGUUUUUCUUUUUAAAGGAACUGCGUUUGCCCUUUUGCUUAAUGCUACCAUAGAGUGAAGUUAAAAAAUUAAACCUAGCCAAGUUAAAAAUUGAAAAUUCUUUAAUAUUUUAGAAGUUUAGAGUCAGUUUCCAUAUUGCCCAGCUACUUGCGGGCCUGACCUAAUAUUGAAAAAACGGAAUACGUACCAUUCAAUUUAAAAACAGAAAUCGUGUUUUGCUUUAAAAAUCGUAAAGAAAAAAACCUAAAAUGCCUGAAAAUAAAUAACUUACUUUGUAAAAGAUCGGGAGAGAAAUAACAUACAAGGAACUAGAAAUGGCAUCAAUUAACAAUACCAGCCGUAUUUCAACUAAUCCUAACUGUUCACCACCACAAUUGACAUCGCGUCCACCUGCAUCAGCCUAUUCGAUUCAAUGGCCUCCAACAGCAACAUCUCUUUCAGCAGCGGAUAAUUCGCCACCGUUGACGGUGGGUAGUCCAGCUAAAGGUCAUGAGUUCUUAGGUGGUGUAGGAGGAGGACAUAACAAUCGAAGUAAGUCCUACCAGCCUCACUCUUCAACAUUUUCGCAAAACAAAAAUCAAGAAUAUGAAUUUUUAAAGCCACCCGAGUGUCCCAUAUUUCGCCCGAACGAAGAUGAAUUUAAAAAUCCUCUUACUUAUAUAAGCAAGAUUCGUCCGAUUGCUGAGCGAUAUGGUAUUGCCAAGAUAUUGCCACCAAAAACGUGGACACCGCCGUUUACUGUUGACGUGGAUAAACUUAAGUUUACUCCUCGGGUACAGCGAUUAAACGAACUGGAAGCCAAAACUCGUGUGAAGUUGAAUUUUCUUGAUCAAAUAGCAAAGUUUUGGGAACUUCAAGGAUCUUCCCUUAAGAUUCCAAUGGUUGAACGAAAGGCACUUGAUUUGUAUUCAUUACAUCGCAUUGUUCAAGAAGAAGGUGGCUUGGAACAGGCAACAAAGGAACGAAAGUGGUCAAAGGUGGCACAUCGGAUGCAAUACCCACCAGGAAAGAGCAUUGGAGCCAUUCUUAAAGGUCACUACGAACGAAUUCUUCAUCCAUUCGAUAUAUACACGUCAGGGAAGGUAAUAGAUAUUAAAUUGGAGUCGGAGAGUGAUGACAAAGACUAUAAGCCACACGGUAUCGUAUCGCGCCAACAAAUAACUCCACCUAACGAAACAACUGCUCGACGAUCGAAACGAUUUGCCAACAUGAAUGCCAGCAAGGAAUCAGCCUGCGGCUUGGGUACAAUUUCGGCACAUAUUAAGCCAGAAAUUGAAGAAGACAAGAAGUCAGUGAAAGCAUUAACCGGAGGAGCGCGGACCGGUCGAGGAAGGUUCGUACGGCCGGCCACUCCGGCAAUGUUGAUCCAUAAUGAUCCCCUGGCAAAAUACAUUUGUCACAUCUGCAAUCGAGGUGAUGUUGAGGAAGCUAUGUUACUCUGCGACGGUUGCGAUGACAGUUACCAUACAUUCUGUUUGCUUCCACCGUUACAUGAUAUUCCAAAAGGAGAUUGGCGUUGUCCAAGAUGUGUGGUUGAGGAAGUCAGUAAGCCAACAGAGGCUUUUGGAUUUGAACAAGCCCAACGGGAAUACACUUUACAGCAAUUUGGCGAAAUGGCUGAUCAAUUUAAAGCCGACUAUUUCCAUCGGCCGGUGCACCUGGUGCCAACAGAUUUAGUGGAACGUGAAUUUUGGCGCAUUGUCUCGUCCAUUGAUGAAGAUGUUACUGUUGAAUAUGGUGCGGAUUUGCACACAAUGGAUCAUGGAUCUGGAUUUCCAACAAAAAGUUCUUUAUUCUUACUGCCAGGUGAUCAAGAAUACGCAGAAUCUAGCUGGAAUUUGAACAAUCUUCCUCUUCUGGAAGAUUCGAUCCUGGGUCACAUCAACGCUGAUAUAAGUGGCAUGAAAGUUCCCUGGAUGUAUGUAGGAAUGUGUUUUGCCACCUUUUGUUGGCACAACGAAGACCACUGGUCGUACUCAAUCAAUUAUUUACAUUGGGGUGAGCCGAAAACUUGGUACGGUGUACCUGGCUGUAAAGCUGAAACGUUUGAAAAAACUAUGAAAAGCGCCGCGCCGGAGCUUUUUGCUUCGCAGCCUGAUCUCCUGCAUCAGCUGGUCACAAUUAUGAAUCCAAAUAUUCUGAUGAAUAGUGGCGUACCGGUUUAUCGAACAGAUCAACACGCCGGAGAGUUUGUUAUAACUUUUCCUCGUGCAUAUCAUGCUGGUUUUAAUCAGGGUUACAAUUUUGCUGAGGCCGUAAAUUUUGCUCCUGCCGAUUGGCUUAAAAUGGGUCGUGAUUGCAUCAAUCAUUAUUCGAUGUUGCGGCGAUUUUGUGUCUUCUCACACGAUGAACUUGUUUGUAAAAUGGCACUCGAACCAGAUAAACUUAACUUUGCCAUAGCCACAGCAUGCUACAUUGAUAUGGUUAAAAUGGUAGAUUCGGAAAAAAAAUUGCGGAAAAGCUUGCUGGAGUGGGGUGUCACCAAAGCAGAACGUGAAGCCUUUGAGCUGAUACCUGACGACGAACGCCAAUGUGAAGUUUGCAAAACAACAUGUUUUCUUUCGGCAGUAGCUUGUAAAUGUACAAAACAAAUAGUUUGCCUUCGUCACUACACGGAGCUUUGCGACUGCAAGCCGGAAAAUCAUUCAUUGCAAUAUCGCUACACUCUGGAUGAAAUGCCUCUUAUGCUCAAAAAGCUUCAAGUAAAGGCCCACAGCUUUGAAGUUUGGCUAACUAAGUGUCGCGAUGUAAUUGAUCCACCCAAACCAGGCAGUAAAAUAGCGUUAGAGGAUUUGCAGGAACUCGUGCAAGAAGCCGAUCGCAAAAAAUAUCCCAGUUCGCUAUUGAUAGACCGUCUCAAUUCUGCAGUCCUGGAAGCUGAGAAAUGUGUAACGGUUAUUCAACAGUUAGACAUAAAUAAAGUUCGUACGCGGACUCGUCAUUCUAAUGAUUCUACAAAAUAUAAAUUGACAAUGGAUGAGCUUGAGCUAUUUGUCGAAGAAAUCGAUAAUCUUUGUUGUGUCAUCAAAGAAGGUCAGAGCGUUCGCGAGUUAUUGGAUUUCGGUAAGAGUUUUGUUACAUCCGCCGAUGCCUUGCUUGCAAAAAAAAUCAACAAAGUCGAAGAGAAGGCGAUCGAAAAGCUAAUCGAUGAAGGACAAUUGUUGUGCAUUGAAUUGCACGAGCUGAAAAAUCUUCGCAUACGGUUCGAACAAGUAACAUGGUAUAAUAAGUCACGUCGAUAUCGCAAUUCCAGCUCGAAACUACAAUUAACAGAUGUAAAUCGCCUUAUUCAAGACGGACAGAAACUUAUCCCAGACCCUGUACUAGAAAAGGAAAUCGGCACACUACAGGGUAUUGUGCUGUCGGCCGAAGCUUGGGAAAAGGCAGCAAAAUCCUGCUUUCAAACGAACACCCAAAGCGAUUUAGCGGAAAUCGAACUUAUUCUCGAGGCAGCCGAAAAAAUUGCAAUAGAGUUACCUUCAAAGCAGGCUCUCAAAGAAGCUUUGAAGAAAUCUAGAGAUUGGCUAGUCGCUGUGGAAAACCUCCAAAAGAAUGAACACUAUCCAUAUUAUCACACUCUUGAAACGGUGGUUUGUCGUGGAAUAAAUAUACCAUUGAAACUAGAAGAAUUAGAUCGUAUGAAGAAACACCUUGACGCAGCACGCGAAUGGAAAGAAAAAACAGCGAAGGCUUUUCUUCGUAAACACACCCGGUUCACUUUGCUCGAAGUUUUAUCGCCACGUACAAGUGCCCUUAUGACAGGUAACACUAGCCAAUGCAAUCUUCCCAAGAGAAUACCCCCCGAAGAGCAAUUCACCGAAGAUCUAAGUCCUGCGCAAAUGGUGGAUGCAUUUAAAAAAGCUGAAGAAAAAGAAAUAAGCGAAAUGCGGGAGUUGAGACGUUUCAAUUUGAAGACAGCCGCUAAUCCAAAUGGUGACAGGAAAUAUUGUUUCUGCAAAGGCAAGUGCACAGGACAAAUGUAUUUGUGCCAGUUGUGUGCCGAUUGGUUUCACAAGGAAUGUGUGCCCAAAGUUCAUUGGAAAGAUGGUUUGAUUGUUACUCAAAAUGGACAACCAGUGAUGACUUGCAAAUAUUUGUGCCCAUCUUGCAUGAGGUCACGUCGACCACGAUUGGAGGCAAUUCUUUCGUUAUUGGUAUCGUUGCAACGACUGCCCAUACGCUUGCCCGAAGGCGAGGCUUUGCAAUGUUUGACUGAGCGUGCAAUGAAUUGGCAAGAUCGUGCACGUCAAGCCUUUGUUAUGGAAGAUGUUGCUGCUGGCUUGGCUUAUUUGAAUAGUGUUCGCCAGAAAAAGGUGGAAGCAGCUAAAAAUGAUUUGGUGACGGAGGAGAAAAAAGUUAAGUCGAUGAAGCUGCCUGAUGCUGGAGUUAGUGGUGAACCAGCUACAGACGGCGAUCUCACGGAAUCGGACAUAGCAAAUGAUGAUAGUUGUGGCGAAGAAUUUUCCAAUAUUAUUUUUCCACGUAGCGAAGGUGAAGAGGAAAAUCAACAACAACAGACAGAGAUUGACAAGGAAUCAAUGCUAAUGGCAUCGGUCCUAGCUAGUGACGAGUCGCGAACUAACGAUCUUCCAACAUUCGAUGGUAAUUUUCUGGAGUCCAACAAAUCAACAACGGGAGGAAGUGAAAUCGAACAUGCGUAUUCAGUUCCGUCUUUAAACGGGCAAUCUGAAGUCAAUGCAAACAACAGCCCUAGCAACAAAGUGCACACACCCUCUCAACCCAAUCCUGUUGAGCUCAAAAAAACUACACUCGAGAUUCUGGAGAGCUUAAUGUUGGAAGGUGAUUUGUUGGAAGUAUCGUUGGAUGAAACGAAUCACAUAUGGAAACUUCUCAAUUUAGCAAAGUCACAAAAUGCUGUCUCAACAACUUCAACAGCUUUCAUGCAAUCAAAUCAAAAGAAGCGAGAAUCAAAGGAAUUCGGUGGUCAGUCAACGAUGGUAAGAGCGUUCAAAAAACGCCAAAUGCUUGAUGGAGCAUCAACAACUCCACCAGUUAAACGAUUAUGGAAAAGUUCAGAAAGUAAUCGUAAAGCAAUAGGAAAACGUGAUAAAAAAAUUAAAGAGAUCGCUAUAGAGUCUGGAAGGGAAACAUCAGACAAAGUGACUGAUUCAGAAAUAUCAAACGGUAGCAGUAUUAAACCAUCUUCAGCCACAGCAAUCACAGGAAAUGUACGAAAACGGAAGCGAGCAGGUGGUAGUGGAAAAUCAUCGACUAGACAUGAUAUUUCAAUUUUGAACGCUACAUCAGAUGACGAUGAAGAAUGUCGUGCUCAAAAUUGUCACAGGCCUUCAGGUCGAGAAGUAGAUUGGGUUCAAUGUGAUGGAGGUUGCAACGAAUGGUUCCAUAUGUUCUGCGUUGGAUUAGAUCGAAAACAAAUAAAGCCCGACGAUGACUAUAUUUGUAAACGUUGCAUGAAAUCCAAUUCAGAAAAUAAUUCGUCUAAUCCUACCGCUGUAAUCGCUUCAGUACCCACUAAUCAGCCUCCUUCGAUUAUUGAAGCUUCCAUAUCAUCGUUUGUUGAGAAAUCAAAUAGCAUCGAUACCAUCUCCCCAACAGCUGAUUUAACACUUCUCCAAACAACAUCAGUUAUAACAACCUUUUCUUCAACUCUUUCACCAACAAGUACAAAAGCUCAUAAAGAAAACGUGAGUUAAAUGAUUUAUUAGUUUUAUUUUAUUAAAAAGGUCAAAGGAAUAAACUAGGCUAAAUUCGAAAAGAAUCCCACGGUCGAAAACCAAAAAAAAAUGUAACUUUCUUAAGAUUAAGCAAAGUUUUGCACGCGUUGAUGUAUGUAUGAUAAGUUAUGUUGUAAUUUAAUUUAACAUUUUAUAUAGUAAGUAAAAAAUAAGUAACCAGUAAAUAAUAAUGCGGCCGUAUUUAAAACUAAAAACACCAACAAUAAGGUGUUAAAGUAUUAAAAUAAAAAGAAUAUAAUGAAAUUAAUAUGUAAAAAUGUUUAUUUAGUUUAAUUCAAACAUUAUGUUAGGACUUUAGUUUAAACAAAAGGUCAACAAAUUAACUCAAAAUAUGUAUGUACAUCAUAGGGGUAGCAAUUGUGUGUUCAAUCGAUUUGGAUGUAAUUUUUAAACUAAAACGUAGUAAAUGAUAUUUUUUGAGGAUACAUUUUUGGAAAAUUAAUAAAACAUGGAACCAUUUUUAUAUUUGGUUCUUUUUUUUAAUGAAAGUCAUUACCAAACCAGAAUACAAUAUUAAUAAAAGCUUUGCUAUUGGUAGUUUAAAAAUAGCUUUUAUAUAAUUGUGCACAUUGUAAACAGAAAAUGAAUACGACUAUAAAUUAUUAUUUGCAAACAAAAUUUGUUUGAUUUAGUUUUAUACUUAGAGAAAUUAAUUUAAUAUAUGGUGAUCCAAACAUAAUGCAAAAUUUAAUUGUAAACGAAACAAAAGAUUUUCAGAAAAUUACUUUAAUUUUAAUCUUGUUAUAGAAAGAUUAUUUAAGCUUGAAAUUUGAUAAUUUGGCAAAAAAGUCGUGGUAAUAAUAGCUCCAAACUUAUGUCAUCAUGACAUGAGACAAUACGUCAAUUGCAUAUCUCGCGAAAAAAGAUCAAUUGUUUCAUCUAUUCUUUUACAAGUGACACAGUGGUGUUAGAAACGUACCAGAUGAAGAUCCCCAACAUCUGGCCCUAAAAAGUUGUGACUCACAAUUGGCAUCGAGCAUUAUGGUUGGACGACCCUUUAUAUAAUACAAAAUGAGAUUUUGUGUUUAAAAAUACCAUGACGCUUUUGUUAUGAAGAGGUGUUUUUUUUAGAGCUGGUAGCUUUUUAAAUCUAUCCUACCCUUCAGUACUCGAUCCGUCUGGAUGAUGGGCAGUGUAACAAAUGUUUCAUAAUUUUUUAGGAAACACUGCACUUGAUAUUUUAAAGCAUUUGGUAGAGUUUGACAUAAGUCUCUUAUCGAAAAUGAGUGCCUUCGGUUUUUAAGAACCCUCCUUCCUCGCAUUCGAAAUUGGAUUGAUUUAUUGACAAACAGAAAAUAAAUGCUUGUGUUCGUCUCCGACACUCUUUUUCAUUGUUAUUAAUUCAACUUUAAAUCUACUAACUGUUUCGCUGACGAUAGUACCCUCAGCUUUUUAUUAUCGCUUAUGGAUUCACAACCUUGCUAUUUAGAUGUGGAUAGCUGACGCGCUUCGCCGAAAAUGUCUCGAUGUGAUUUUGUUCCCCCUUCGGAUCUGGCUUUUAUCUACAAGCUUAAGUAUAAAUCCUAGCUCUGGGAUACUGCUUUUGCAACUUAAGUCUUUUCUUGUGUAUUGAACGUAGACAAUUCAAGUUAAUUAUACUCAAUGAUACUCGUGCCUCCAGGAAUGCACAUCAGUAUACCCUCGAGUCCGUACUUCAAGAGCAUAUAAAUGCUUUAUUAUACUCUAUCUCUCCCAGUUGUCACUGGGACUGACCUUACAGCCAACGUGCACCGCCACCUCCUCUCAAGCUCUCUCCCUUUCCUAAUGCUAACACUGUGUCCUGGCAUGAUAAGGGUACCAUAAAUCCCCUUGAGUGUACACUUAUUAUAAAAGAAACAAAUUAGUUUUUCUAUAUAAACUUUGUUUAUCCUUUGUUAAAAUAUUUAAAAUAAUUAAAUAAAUUUUCCCGAAAUCAACGCUAGUUUUUUUUUUUGCUCCAUGAAAUUCAACAAUUUUGUAAAUUGGUGUAAAAUGUUAGGAAAGUUGUAAACUAAAUGCGAAGUUCUAUUUGAAAGAUAUCAUUUGCAUUGUUUUGAUCUCAAUACAGAAAAAAUAAUAAAACUAAAACAAAUACAAAAAUUAAAACCAUUAUAUAAUGUGGCAUAUUUAUUUGUAAAAAAAUGUAAAUAACAAGACUCAAAUAUGAACAUACUUUAGUAUAAGAAUAUACAAAUAUUUAAACACAUUUUACUAUAUAACAAAAGUUAUUUUCGUUUGCAAAUAAUUAAUAAAAUAUUAAUUAUAUAUAUACAUUCACUUACAUUACAAGGCUUUGACAACAAAAAAAAUGGAAGAAAAUAAUAUGUAUAUAAGAGUUAAAUAUAAAAUGAUUUUUAUAAUAUUUAUAAAUAUAUAAAUAAUAAAUAUCAUUUAUAUACAGUACACAUAUACAUAUAUUCAUACAUGUAUACAUGCAUGUAUGUAUAUUAGAUUAAUUCAAUUUAAACUAAAAUGUCUUCAAUUUUUAAUGCAACUACAUAUCAUUAUGGUUAGAGUUUAGAAUAAUAAUACUCCUUUCCAUAUUUAAGCAUUUUCCACACAAAUUUAGCUUUCGUUGCAGAACAUAAGAUCUUGUUAUAUUCAUGGGUUUGACUUAAUGGCCUUUAAAAAAGUAAAAGAGGUUUGGACAUAUUUUCUAUUUUAGUGAAAAUUUUUAUCAUAAGACAACGCAAUAUUUAUAAAAUUGAUCCAAAACCCCUGCACUCCCAUCAAAUUUGUAUGAAAGUAGUAAAAAGCUACAUUCGACCUCUAACGGUCAAUUUAAAAAGCUGAAAUUUGAACAGAAGUAUAAUUUUACCAAGCUCUUACCAAAAUGCUAGUUUCUUCAAAAAUGGGAGAUAUUUUGUUUUUUUUUUUUUGUAUCAGUGUAAUGUAUGUAAAUACACACAUACAGUGUUGGAAAAAAUAAUAGAAACAAUCUUCGCCAACUCUCCAUACUAUUUGGAAAAUACACAUCAAAUUGUUAAAAUAAAGGAAAUAAUUAUAAACAAUUUAAGAAGUAAUUAGCACGAAUAAGAAUGGUAUUGUGUUCUUUUGGUAGAGUUGUUUAAUGGUUAAAGUUAUUGUUAAUCCUUAAAUAUAUGGUCGUUGCACCUUUAUUUUUGGCAACAGAAUCGCAUCUUGCACUAUGUAAGCAACCAUAGAUAUUUUUAUACUCCCACACACAUUUUAAAUUGCAGGAGAAGAUUGUUUCUAUUAUUUUUUAUCACUUUACAUUAAUUAAGGAUGAAUACAUUUUAGAAAUAGAAAAGUAGUUUUUAAUAAAACAAAAUUCAACGUCUUGAAUAUAAAUUAUAUAUGUACAUAUAUGAAAACAUAUAUAUUUACAUUAUAUAUAAUAUGACAUAGUAAAUUUAUUUUAUUUUAUUUUUUAAAAUAAACAAUUUAAUCAUAAUGACA